GUCUAUGGGUCUGUAAACCGCGCUUCAGUGUGCGACAUGGCGGUCCUUGGAGUGCAGCUGGUGGUGACCCUGCUCACUGCCACCCUCAUGCACAGGUUGGCGCCACAUUGCUCAUUCGCUCGCUGGCUGCUCUGCAAUGGCAGUCUGUUCCGGUACAAGCACCCUUCAGAGGAGGAGCUUCGGGCCCUGGCGGGGAAGCAGAGACCCAGAGGCAGGAAGGAAAGGUGGGCCAAUGGCCUUAAUGAUGAGAAGACACUGACUAUACCCCGAGAUGCCCAGUUCCAGCUGGAGACCUGCCCCCUCACAACUGUGGAUGCCUUGGUCCUGCGCUUCUUCCUGGAAUACCAGUGGUUUGUGGAUUUUGCUGUGUACUCUGGCGGCAUAUACCUCUUCACAGAGGCCUACUACUGUGUGUUCAGCCCAGCCAAGGAGACCAACAUUGCCGUGUUCUGGUGCCUGCUCACUGUAGCCUUCUCUCUCAAGAUGUUCCUGACUGUGACCCGGCUGUACUUCAGUGCAGAGGAGGGGGGUGAGCGCUCUGUCUGCCUCACCUUUGCCUUCCUCUUCCUGCUGCUGGCCAUGCUGGUGCAGGUGGUACAAGAGGAGAUGCUUGAGCUGGGCCUGGAACCAGGCCUGGCCAGCAUGACACAGAAUUUGGAGCCACUUCUAAAGAAGCAGGGCUGGGACUGGGCGCUCCCUCUGGUCAAGCUGGCUAUCCGCGUGGGGCUGGCAGUGGUAGGCUCCAUGCUGGGUGCCUUCCUUACCUUCCCAGGCUUGCGACUGGCCCAGACCCACCGUGAUGCACUGAUCAUGUCAGAGGACCGGCCCAUGCUGCAGUUCCUCCUGCACACCAGCUUCCUAUCUCCCCUAUUCAUCUUAUGGCUCUGGACAAAGCCCAUUGCACGGGACUUCAUGCACCAAGCACCUUUUGGGGGGACAUCCUUCUCCCUGCUUUCAGACUCAGCCUUUGACUCAGUGCGCCUCUGGGUGCUGGUAGCGCUGUGCCUGCUGCGGCUGGCAGUGACCCGGCCCCACCUGCAGGCCUACCUGUGCCUAGCCAAGGCCCGAGUAGAACAGCUUCGGAGGGAGGCUGGCCGCAUUGAGGCCCGUGAGAUCCAGCAGCGGGUGGUCCGUGUCUACUGUUACGUGACGGUGGUAAGCUUGCAGUACCUCACACCACUCAUCCUCACCCUCAACUGCACGUUACUACUGAAGACACUGGGUGGCUACUCCUGGGGACUGGGCCCAGCACCCCCACUGUUCCCCGCCAUAUCCUCAGCCAGUGCUAUUCCACUUGGCCCCGGGGAGGAUGAAGUCCAGCAGACAGCAGCGAGUAUCGCUGGCGCCCUGGGCAGUUUGCUUACACCUCUCUUCCUCCGAGGCGUCUUGGCCUACCUUGUCUGGUGGACAGCUGCUUGCCAGCUUCUCUCCAGCCUCUUUGGCCUCUAUUUCCACCAGUACUUGACAGGCUCCUAGUUGCCUGCAUACCCUCCUGGGACCCUGAGGUCUGGUGCUAGGCCAGUGGAACACAGGCCAGCCCUGUGUGUACCUCCAUGUCCCCUGCAAGAUGGGGCUGACUCUGCACCGUUCCCUUCACCACAGUGCCUGAGCCAUGCCCCACUUGGACUCUGGGCUUCUGCCUGGAAACUCUCCAGGGCCCUGCAGCACGAGGGUCUGAGGCCAUUGUUGCUGAAGUGCAUGCUGGGUUUGAGAUGGGAGGAGUGCUGUUUUGAACAAAUAAAGGAGUAAGCCAGUUUUUACAAA